UCCACGUGGGUGACGCGCGGGGCCACGCCCCCACCUUGGGACAGACCCGGAAGCGGCCGUGGCGCCCCUGGGGGAAGAUGGCGCCCUCGGGGCUGAAGGCGGUGGUGGGGGAAAAAAUUCUGAGCGGAGUCAUCCGGAGUGUCAAAAAGGAUGGCGAGUGGAAGCCCGUCUGUCCAUCCGUCCGGACAGGUACUCAUCAUGGACCACCCGAGCAUGCGUAUCCUGUCUUCUUGCUGCAAGAUGUCAGACAUCCUGGCUGAGGGCAUUACUAUUGUCGAAGACAUUAACAAACGGCGAGAACCCGUCCCCAGUUUGGAGGCCAUUUAUUUGCUCAGCCCCACAGAGAAGUCAGUGCAGGCCCUGAUAGCAGACUUCCGGGGGACCCCGACCUUCACCUACAAAGCAGCACACGUCUUCUUCACUGACACCUGCCCGGAGCCCCUGUUCAGUGAGCUGGGCCGCUCCCGCCUAGCAAAGGUGGUGAAGACACUGAAGGAGAUCGACCUGGCCUUCCUCCCCUAUGAGGCCCAGGUGUUCUCCCUGGACGCCCCCCACAGCACCUACAACCUCUACUGCCCCUUCCGCGCGGGGGAGCGGGCGCGGCAGAUCGAGGCCCUGGCCCAGCAGAUCGCCACACUGUGCGCCACGCUGCAGGAGUACCCGGCCAUCCGCUACCGCAAGGGCCCAGAGGACACAGCUCAGCUGGCCCACGCCGUCCUGGCCAAGCUGAAUGCCUUCAAGGCGGACACUCCCAGUCUGGGCGAGGGCCCUGAAAAAACCCGCUCACAGCUACUAAUCGUGGACCGGGCGGCGGACCCUGUGUCCCCUCUGCUGCAUGAGCUGACGUUCCAGGCCAUGGCCUAUGACCUGCUGGACAUCCAACAGGACACGUACAGGUACGAGACCACAGGGCUGAGUGAGGCCCGCGAGAAAGCCGUGCUGCUGGACGAGGACGAUGACCUGUGGGUAGAGCUUCGGCACAUGCACAUCGCUGACGUGUCCAAGAGGGUCACGGAGCUCCUGAAGACGUUCUGUGAGAGCAAGAGGCUGACCACCGACAAGGCCAACAUCAAAGACCUGUCCCACAUCCUGAAAAAGAUGCCUCAAUACCAGAAGGAGCUGAACAAGUAUUCUACGCACCUGCAUUUGGCCGACGACUGCAUGAAGCACUUCAAGGGUUCGGUGGAGAAGCUGUGCGCUGUGGAGCAGGACUUGGCCAUGGGCUCAGAUGCAGAGGGUGAGAAGAUCAAGGACGCCAUGAAGCUGAUCGUGCCCGUGCUGCUGGACGCGGCGGUGCCAGCCUAUGACAAGAUCCGGGCCCUGUUGCUCUACAUCCUUCUGCGGAACGGUGUGAGUGAGGAGAAUCUGGCCAAGCUGAUCCAGCAUGCCAACGUGCAGGCACACAGCAGCCUCAUCCGGAACCUAGAGCUGCUGGGGGGCACGGUCACCAACCCCGGGGGCUCUGGGACCUCAAGUCGGCUAGAACGGAGGGAGCGCCUGGAGCCCACCUAUCAGUUAUCCCGCUGGACCCCAGUCAUCAAGGACGUGAUGGAGGAUGCCGUGGAGGACCGGCUGGACAGAAAGCUGUGGCCCUUUGUGUCCGACCCUGCCCCCACCUCCAGCUCCCAGGCUGCAGUCAGUGCCCGCUUCGGCCACUGGCACAAGAACAAGGCCGGUUUGGAGGCACGGGCGGGGCCCCGGCUCAUCAUCUAUGUCAUGGGCGGCGUGGCCAUGUCAGAGAUGAGGGCCGCCUAUGAGGUGACCAGGGCCACCGAUGGCAAGUGGGAGGUGCUCAUUGGCUCCUCACACAUCCUCACUCCAACCCGCUUCCUGGAUGACCUCAAGACGCUGGACCAGAAGCUGGAGGACAUUGCCCUGCCCUGACCCGCUCCCCCUCCCCCUCCCCUUCCAGAGAAAUAAAAUCCUCCCUUCUCUCUGCCA